GUGUGGAAAACGAAACGAAACAUGAGGUUUUGGAUGUAAGGCCUGUUGCGCUGCGGUCUCCUCCCUCCACCUCCACUGGGCCAGGCCCCGACGGUGGGCGCGAUCAGCCCUUUCCGCCACAUCUCAGCAGCUAUCUCUCAGGAGACACAGCGGUUGAUGGCAGAGCCUGUUCCAGGGAUCACGGCUACGCCUGAUGAAGGGAAUGCACGUUACUUCCAUGUGGUCAUUGCAGGGCCUCAAGACUCUCCUUUUGAAGGAGGCACAUUUAAACUUGAACUAUUUCUUCCAGAAGAGUAUCCCAUGGCAGCUCCCAAAGUGCGAUUCAUGACCAAAAUCUACCACCCCAAUGUUGACAAACUGGGAAGAAUAUGUUUAGACAUUUUGAAAGAUAAGUGGUCUCCAGCCCUGCAGAUUCGUACAGUGUUGCUAUCUAUCCAGGCGUUAUUAAGUGCUCCCAAUCCAGAUGAUCCCCUGGCAAACGAUGUUGCAGAGCAGUGGAAGAAAAACGAAAGCAACGCCAUCGAGACAGCCCGAGCAUGGACCAGGCUCUACGCGGGCAAAACUCCGUGUAGUAAAUACCCGAGCAUGGACCAGGCUCUACGCGGGAAACACUGAAGUAUAGAAGAAGAGAGACGAGGCGUCUGAAUGUGAUCCACAAAAAUGUACUCCUAUUCUGUCAACAUUUGAAUUUAACGGACACAAAAAAAAAGGAAAAAAAAAAAAGAUUAUAAGUCCAAAUCUAUUUGAAAGAAAUGACGAGAUUUACUGCUGCAGACCUCUGGGUGACUUAUUUUCCUCUCUAAAACGCGUUAAGUGUGUGUUAACCUUUUUUUUUUUUUUUUUUUUUUCCUGUGUUGCUAUUUAAAUGCAUGGACAGUGAAUGACACCCUCCCCACUACAGUCUUAAAAAUAACAUGCAAUAUGUCGUCCUGAACCGGACACAUACUGGUACGUUUGCAAAAAUAUACAUUAAAGCUGUUCUUCUUUUAAACACAUGCAUUUUUUGUCAACACAUCUGUAUGUCUUUUUGUGAGAGAUGACAUGUUCUGUUAUUUCAACACAUAGAGAGUACAGCUGUCUUUUUCUCCCCACUAGUAGUACGCAGGUGAAAAAAAAAUACCAACACGAAUGAUGUUUCUCUUUACUCUUUUUAGGGAAAUGCAAUGAAUUUUUUUGGAAAAAUAUAGCCCUUACAUUCAACAAGGAGGUUAGUUGGAAUUCCACUCCCGUGUGUCUGUGCAUACCAACACGUCACAAACACUGAACAUUAAGUCGGUGGUGCAGCUACUGUAGUUCGGCAUCAUCUCAAGAGCACACGGGGCACUUAAUACUGAGCACAGAGGUGAAACUCUUUCACAAUGUUUUCAUCGCACAGCAAAGACGAUCUUUAUUUGUACAAUUUGACCAUUAAGAAGCAAUUUUAAAAAGGGUUCCACGCAGGAAGUAUCUCCUCAAAAAAAAAAAAAACCCAAAUCCUUCCAGAAGACACUUUCUGUAACUGCAGCACAAAUCAAGUUUGAGAAUUAGACCACUGAGAAAACAGGAGGAGGAACAUUUUCAUCCACAGAUAUCUGAGGGACGUUUCAUUCCAAUGUUUUUACUGUAAAAUAAACCUGAACACGCCCUGAAGGUUGCUGUGUAUCUGCCAAAUUUGCCGGUAGAGAAACACAUAGUACUGAGCAGCCAUAGCUAACGUUUAAAAGCAGUUUAGUCCAUGGCUAGCGUCAAUUUGUGGCCCCAGCAGAUGUGAUUUUAGCGCUUCCUUAUUUACAUCUUAACAUUGGUCUUAGUUUGAUAGAAAAGACUGAGUUUUGUUUGAUUAGCUGCCUGAUUAGGUGAUUGAUUGUGCUUCUAAAUAACCCAAAAAUGUAAUAUUUGUUCUUUCAACGUUGUGUCAAGCGGUCCGUUUGGCAGUAGUGUGACAUUUUGCCACAUCUUUAAAAGUUUCCACACUUUAGUCUCAAGCUGUCGGUGUAAUGUUUGUUUCAUCCAUCUGUACAUGUUUCAGUUAAACCCUGUUUUUGGACAGUUUGGGGAGGGUGAGCAGGUUACUUCCACACACUUGAGAAAAAAAGCCAUUCCCAACACAUUCAGGAAGGUAGAAUGACGCAAAUUCUUUCGUGUUGAAAAGAAAUUGUAUGCAUGUUGUAGCAGACUACUCAAAUGUGUUGAAAAUGUCCUUUUUAUUAAGGGUGUAGGAGCUGUUUUUUGUUUUUAUUUUCAUUUUUUUUUUUUUUUAAACUGUCUGUCCAUGCUAUCUAUGUUGCCUGUUCUCUUAUUUUAUUUUCAGUGUUACUUCAUUUAAAAAAAAAAAGGCAUGUACCAUAAUCAAACUGAUAUCAGGACAGUUCAAACUAGUUUUCUUCAGGGUGUUAGUGAGAGUUGAAGUGUCGAGUUGUCUUUAAAGGGAAAGUUGAGGCUUUUUUUUUUUUUUUUUUUUACAUUUUGUCGUCAAUUACAAGGUUGUUUUUUUUCACCGUGAUUUUUCCUGAGUUGGUCUUUCCUGCUUUUUGCUCUUUCCAUCAUACUGAUCUGUGAUACAUAUGCAAGUGAAUUUAAUUGAUUGGGUUAUUGUGGUAGCAGAAAAUAAGUGAUAUUACAAAUAAAACGUAUUCAAGAUUAAAGGUUCUCACCAAUGCUAUUACAGAUUCUCUAUUGGCUCAAAGAAAUUGCACACAUGGAAAAAAAGAUUUCUAAAAAGCCUUAAGCUUUCCUUUUUAAAGCUGCUGUGUUGAUGGGAUCAGACUCGAAAGGCUCAUCGGCCCGUAACUUAGUCCCUCUGUGAUCAUAUUGCUUCUGUAUGGCUCAUCUGAGGGAGAACUGUAACAUGUUGUAGUAAAACUAUUUUUGUUAAGCCUUCUUUUUUUGGUUGAUCUCUUUUUUAUUUCUUUUUGUUGCUCUUCAUUAGAGUAUCGCAGGCUUGGUGUUGCUUAGAUUUGUUUGUGUCCUGUCCUCGCCCAGAAUUAUUAACCAACUGUUUCUAACUGCUACAUUUACUCAAGUCUGGAAAGAUGAAGCACGGCUUAAAACCUGGUUAAUUUAUUGUUUCCCUGAGGGACUUGACAGUAAUCUAAACCAAGAAAACAGUCACUCACUGGAUUUUUUUGAAGCAUCUAGAUCAAAAUAUCGAGAGAUCAAACUCUGAUUAAUCAGCUCCCCAUGUGUAAAAAAAAAAAAAAAAAAAAAAAAACAAUGAAAAAAGAAGAGUUCUGUCGGUAAUUUCAGUACACUUGCAAACAUGGCUCUUCAAAUACUCUGUAAAUAAACUGAGUUGAGUAAGUAA